GCCCUCGUAUAAAUACCAUCGCGCGGGACCGUCGCUAAGUUAUUCUAGUAUCAGAAUUUUUCGUCGCGACACGUGCUCCAGUUUGCUGCCAGGGUAGUGAAGUGAUCUGCUCUUUUUCAGGACCAACGCAUAGUAUUUAGUGCAUUUCUAUUAAUUGAUCGUUAGCGAAAACGUAAAAGAAGGCAAAAUGUGUGAUGAAGAUGCAGCAGCGCUCGUUGUGGACAACGGAUCGGGAAUGUGCAAGGCCGGAUUCGCUGGUGAUGAUGCACCGCGAGCAGUUUUUCCGUCCAUUGUCGGUCGACCCAGGCACCAGGGAGUGAUGGUCGGUAUGGGUCAAAAAGAUUCCUAUGUCGGAGAUGAGGCUCAAUCAAAGCGAGGUAUCUUAACCUUGAAAUACCCAAUUGAGCACGGUAUCAUCACCAACUGGGACGACAUGGAGAAGAUCUGGCAUCAUACCUUCUACAAUGAGCUGCGUGUGGCCCCAGAAGAGCACCCAGUUCUAUUGACUGAAGCCCCACUGAACCCAAAGGCCAAUCGUGAGAAGAUGACUCAGAUUAUGUUUGAAACUUUCAAUUCGCCAGCCAUGUACGUUGCUAUUCAGGCUGUUCUGUCUCUGUAUGCCUCCGGUCGUACCACCGGUAUUGUACUCGAUUCCGGAGAUGGUGUUUCCCACACUGUCCCAAUCUAUGAAGGUUAUGCCCUGCCUCAUGCCAUCCUCCGUCUGGACUUGGCCGGUCGUGAUUUGACUGAUUACCUGAUGAAAAUAUUAACCGAGCGGGGUUAUUCAUUCACCACAACAGCUGAGCGGGAAAUCGUUCGCGAUAUCAAGGAAAAGCUGUGCUACGUCGCACUGGACUUUGAGCAGGAAAUGGCAACCGCUGCUGCCUCCACCUCUUUAGAAAAGUCAUAUGAACUUCCAGACGGACAAGUGAUAACCAUUGGCAAUGAACGAUUCCGCUGUCCGGAAGCAUUGUUCCAGCCAUCUUUCCUAGGAAUGGAAUCCUGUGGCAUCCACGAAACUGUCUACAACUCGAUCAUGAAGUGUGACGUCGAUAUUCGUAAGGACUUGUACGCUAAUACCGUUCUAUCCGGUGGUAGUACCAUGUACCCGGGUAUCGCUGAUCGCAUGCAGAAAGAAAUCACCGCUCUGGCUCCGUCAUCGAUCAAGAUCAAAAUCAUUGCACCACCGGAACGGAAGUACUCCGUCUGGAUCGGUGGAUCCAUUUUGGCUUCCCUAUCCACCUUCCAGGCCAUGUGGAUAUCCAAACAGGAAUACGACGAAUCUGGACCGGGAAUAGUACAUCGCAAGUGCUUCUAAACAGGUGUAGGUUUUACGUGCUGAUACGUGCCAAAGAUCUUGUAAACGCCGAUAGUAUUAUCGAUGUGGUGUGCCAUUUUAGUUCUACGGUAAUUGGUUUCUAGCAGAGUGUGUUUCCGGCAGGUUCCUUGUGUUUGAGUAUCCCAUAUCAGUUAAUGUUUUUACUUUAUUCAAUUGAAUGAGGAUUUAAUUCAGUGCUCUAGUGCUUACAACCUAUCUGUAUCGAGAAAUGAUCUCAAGCUACACGAAGCAAGUGUGUAUUCGCUCUGUAAUAAUCACUAUUACUAUUACGCUACUGUUAAUGACGUGUGCAUGAGUUAUAUUAAGAUCCCUUUUGUAGAAACUAUUAAAAAUGUGAUUCUUUU